AUGCCUGAGCAGCUUCCAUCCGCCAAGAAGUCUGCUGUCGCUUCUGGUCAUAAGACCCGCAGCAAGAGUUCCGGGAAAACCAAGUGGAUUGACAGCGAGAAAAUUCAGUACGGCCUCAGUCCCGGCUCUGUCAAGAAGGUUCUACAGGGCAAGGUGAUGGAUCGAAUGGAAGCAAGCUUCGAAGGCGAGCCCGUGGAGUUGGACAAUAUCGCUCUUAGACUUGUCAACGUGUAUCCUAUUGAGGACGUCAUUGCGGUGCUCAAUGGUGUGGCAGAUGUGGAUCUGCAGCAGGCAUUUGACUUGGCUGCUUCCGUCGAGGCUACGGUUAAGGGCGAAAGUAAAAAGAAGAGUGCGAAGAAGAGACGCAAGGGGGAAUAG